AUGUCCCGGAAGCGGAAGUGGGUGCCGGGUAUGGCGGCGGCGCUGGGGCGGCCGAGCCUGGACGCGCUGCCGGACUCGCUGCUUCUGGAGAUUCUCUCGCAGCUGCCGCUGAGGGAGCGGUUGCGCGGGGCCAGGGUCUGCAGGCGCUGGCGCCGUCUGGUGCAGGACAAGGUGCUCUGGAGACACGUGGAUCUAACACCCUACAAGAUCAGCUCCAGGAUCCUGUGGCACCUGUUGCGGCAUCACCUGCGCAAUAAUGUGAGGACACUGAAGGUGAGAGGAACCCUUUGCUCUUCGAGGAAGCAGGAGUUCCUCUCCCCAGCGCUGUUGCAGGCCUUGGGAAAGCAGUGUCCUGGCCUCCAGAGGCUGUGCCUGGUGUGUGCCGACCUCCGGCGGCUUCCUUAUGACUUCAUGCCCUCGUCUCUGAUGACCUUGGAGCUGAGCCGCUGCGAGAUCCCUGGGAUGUGGUUCCGGCGAGCUACAGGUCCAGACAGCACUAGUGCUCCCCCACAGCUGAAGCAUCUCUUCAUUUACGAAGUUCCUUCCUUUUCUGAUUGGCACCUGCUGGACGUCUCUUCUCAGACUCGCCUGCAGACGUUGACCCUCUGUGGAACCUACCGGGUGACAGAUGCGGGGCUUCAGAGAGCCGCACCACACCUGGAGGCUCUGGAGCACCUCACGCUACGCCAGUGCAUCCUGACAGACUUUGCCACUCACUUCAUUGGACGCUACAUGAAACAGCUCCGCACUCUGGAGUUCAGUGAUGCUCCAUCUCUGACUGAUGCUGGCCUUGCUUGCUUAGUGCCCUUGAAGUACCUGGAAACCCUCUGCCUUGCAUCCUGUGCUAAGCUUUCCUGUGAUGCCAUUGUCACUGUGGGUCAGGCACUGCCACAGCUAAGGAAUCUCAAUUUAAGUGGGAUUUCUUUUGAUGACCAGGCGAUACGUAAAAUUCAAGCAAGUUUGCCGAAUUGCUGUUUUUCACCCCCCUGAAAUGCUUGUUUUCGAUAGAGCUGUGCUUCUAGUCUCAGAUGCAUGCAUCCAUGUAGUGGCCAGAUUUCUCCAGGUGCUACAACAGGGAGUCAAGCAUUGAAGGGCAAGGGCCAUUUUGGUGGCCUGUAAAACAUGAAAACGGGUCAGUGGAAACUUCAGUUCUAAAGUGACUCCUUCCCCUUCCUGUACCAAGAAAAUAUCAAAGGGGCACAGUGGAGGUGGAGAGGCACAGUGAUACUCACUGAGCUUAUUAAACUGAUUCAAUACAGGGCUGUUUUAGAAUUGUAGUUGGCAGCCUAGGGCCUUUCUUCACAGUUGAGCUUCUUUUUUGCAUUAAGCGUCAUGCAGCAGCUCACCUGAGCGAUAGCAUAGUGACGAAGUCGGUGGUUCACAACCUGUGGGCCACAUGCGGCCCAGUCAGCAUGCUGCUGUGGUCCAUGUAACAUCCUGUUAAAAAGUAAACAUUGCUGCCUGUAUUUUGUGAGCCAGGGAGAAAAAUUCAGGAAAUGGGGAGGGUUCCCCCUUGCAGGCUGCCAGAGUUCCAGUCUGCAAGGGGCUGCUUGGGGCUGGGGGGAGCAGGAGGAGAGUGAAAGGGGGCACCACAUGCGCAUGUGCAUGUACACAUGCAUGUGGCAGCCAGGCAGCAUGGAGAGCAGCUCCUACGGAUCCCUCCAGGUAAGUCUGUGUGGGGGGAGGAACAGGUUGAGGCCCCCACAGUGAGAGAGGGGGCAGGGCAGGGCUGAGGCUGGGGUCACUGUCCUGUCAGGGUGGUGCAUAGGACCCGAGGCUGGAAUGUGCGGCUGCAGGACCUGGCUGGAGAGUGGGACAGAGCCACAGUCCGCUCUUCCAAGGUGCAGCAGGGGGGCUGGCUCCCCACUGUUGCACAUACUCUCAGGGAGGGAGGAAUGGGGGGGCAUAUGCCCCCUAGAUUUGUGCACGAGGCAAGGGUGGAUGUGGGCUGCCACCUGCAGGCUUGGGGCUCCCCACCCUGCUGCUCUCUCCGCUGGGGCUUCCAUGGCACAGUGUGGUGGGGAGGCUUGUUCCUGCUGCCAGGAGCCCUACACCAGCCACAGCAAGGUGCCCCUGCCCACCCAGCAGCAGUGGGGAGCACAACUUCAUGCCGCCACUGCUGCUAGGUGAGCUGGAGACAUAUUGUCAUGGCAGCAUAGCCAGGGUGGGGAUCCCGGCAGCAGGACCAAACCUCCCUGCCUGCUGGUGCCAGAUCCUGUCUGCUGGGUCGCAAAGGUGCCAAGGGAAGGGCAGCAGGGUGGGGAGCCCUGCACCUACAGCAGGCAGCCCACAUCCACCCCCAACUGGCUCUGCCCAACUGUGCCACUGGUGGGGGCGAAGGGGAGCCAGGCUCCACACUCCACUCCAGGUGCAGCAAGUGGUACUGCCUAUGAGCGGCAGCUGCGGCUCAUAGAUUGUAAGGUUGGAAGGGACCUUGGAAGAUCAUCGGGUCCAGCCCCCUGCACCAAGCAGGACAGACAACUGGGGUCAGGUGAUCUCAGCAAGGUGACUGUCCAGUCUCCUUUUGAAGAUUUCCAGGGUAGGUGAUUGUACCACCUCUGGAGGAAGCUUAUUCCAGUCUGGACACCCUAGUUAUGAAGUAGUUUUUCCUAAUGUUGAACCUGAAACAGUCUUCCAGGAGUUUGUGACCAUUACUCCUAGUUUUCCCCAAGGAUGCCCUGAACAGUUGUUCACCAAGCCCUUGAUGUACGCCUCUGAUGUAGGGGGCUCGGUGAACAACUGUUCACUGAGUUGUUCAGGCACUGCUGGGGGGGGCAGGGUGCUAUAAGCCCUGGCCCUGGUCCUGUAGCUCUGGUAGCUGGGGGUCCCGCCAGCUGUGGGGUGUGGCCCACAUAAUGCAUUGAGAGCUGCAAGUAUGGCCCAGUAUGGCAAAUAGGUUGAGACCCACUGCACUAAGUGAACCAUUCUCCCUUUGCCCAAGAGGAGCUGCCCGUCCCAAACCAGAGACACUAGCUAAAACCUAGCUCUGGCUGAAAAUAAUGAGCCAUGCAGCUGCCCUGCGUGCACAUUCCAAAGCAUGCCUAGAAGGAAUGGCUUGCAGGACUCUGCUCUGGGUUUGUGCUGACAAAGUUGAUACUUUCUUGACAGAGCUUUGCUGCCCAGAUCAUAUCUGGAAGAUUUUAAAUUAUUUUCUUCAUGAUGUAGAAACCUCUAGACAAACUCCUCCCUUAAUUUACACAUCACAUGACUUGCAGACUAAUCAAAGCACUUACAGUAAUGUAUAGGAGCAGUGUUAUGCAAUCAGAAGUCAGCCACAGGGCCUGGUUUACUGCGUCAUGUGGCAGUGUCUAGCUCGUUGUGCCUUGUCAAAUUUUCAUUUUUACACUCUGCUCAUUACCUGAUGCUACAAAACUCUGUUAACAUCAGCAAAGUUUUGGUAGCACUGCAGUUUUGUGCCUGAGAGCAAAGACCAUUGUCGAAUACAUUGUAAUCAAUAUUUUGUUACUUUCAUUUUACCUUUAAAAUAAAAAUGCUUUCAAAUCUGCAAA